AUGGCGGUGGUGGACAAAGCGGAGGCGGACCUUGAGGAGCGCGUCGCCGAGGUGCAGGCUUGGUUCCGCCAAGCCCACAAGGACUUGAAGGCCGCCCAGGACGUGCUGGCCGAGCGCAAGCUGGAACUUGUCAUGAAGCAGGCCGACAUUGAGAAGGCCGAGGAGCUGGCGAAGCAGCAGGCCGCCCAGGCCGAGCCUGCUCGGCACCAGCAGCAGGCCGCGCUAAACUCCCAGGAGGAGGACCUUGAGCUGGAGCAGAAGCACGAGGAGGCGCUCAAUGCCCAGACGCAGGUCCACACCGGCAAGGUGAAGGAGUUGGAGGUGGAGCGGGACAAGCUGAAGAGGCAGGCCCUGGAGCUGAUAGGGGAGAGGGACGCGGCCAACGGCACCUUGGCUGACGCGCAGGCCGCAGUCCUUAGCAAGGCCGGGCUAGUCUCCACGGCCAAUGAGUCCAUCAAGGACCUAAAGCUGAAGCUGGAGAGCCUUGAGGGGAUGCUCUCAAAGGCCAAGGCCCGGAUUGAGGCCCGCUGGCCGGGCGCGUUGGACUCGUCCAUGGCGGCUGGAGGAGCUGUGCGGGCGGCGGCGCGGUUGGAGAACAGCAAUGCAGGUAAUGUGAAGAAGAAGAUCCGGGCGAGGAGGCACGGGAGGUCUCCGGAGUCGGCCACCGCGGCGGCAGGUAGUGACGACAACGCCAUAGGAGCGAGCGCGGAGCUCCUACUAGCAAGCAGCAGUGGGCGGAGAACGGCGAUGCAGAUUGGAUCUGGCCCGCCCCUCCAACCUCACUCCGGCGCCAUCUCCACCGAGGCAUCGCUGCGAUCCCCUCACAAGGAGGCGGCCGGAAGCCUGCUGCACGCCAGGACACCUUCCUGGCAGGGCCAUCUCGGCGCCGCCGCCCCCAUGGCAGAUCCAACGCCGCCGCCACCGCCGUUGCUGGCGCUCCACCUGCAGGCACCUACCAGUAGUGCUCCUUGA